AUCAAAAAAAUUUCUAACAAUAUUUUUUUAAUUACAUUAGUUUUUGGAACAUUAAUAACUAUUUCAUCAAAUUCUUGAUUAGGAGCAUGAAUAGGGUUAGAAAUUAAUUUAUUAUCAUUUAUCCCCCUAAUAAAUGAUAAUAAAAAAAAUUUAUUAACAUCAGAAAGUUCUUUAAAAUACUUUUUAACUCAAGCUUUUGCUUCUUCAAUUCUUUUAUUUGGUAUUAUUAUAUUAAUAUUUUUUUAUAAUAGAAAUAUAACAAUAUACCAUUCAAUAAAUGAAAUUUUAAUUUUAUCUACUUUAUUAUUAAAAAGAGGAGCUGCUCCAUUUCAUUUUUGAUUUCCAGAAGUAAUAGAAGGAUUAUCUUGAAUUAAUGGAUUAAUUUUAAUAACAUGACAAAAAAUUGCACCUUUAAUAUUAAUUUCAUAUAACUUUAUUUAUUAUUUUUUUAUAAUUUCUAUUAUUUUAUCAAUAUUAAUUGGAUCUUUAGGAGGAUUAAAUCAAUCAUCUUUACGAAAAUUAAUAGCUUUUUCUUCAAUUAAUCAUUUAGGUUGAAUAUUAUUAGCAAUAAUAAAUAAUGAAAUACUUUGAUUAACAUAUUUUUUAAUAUAUUCUUUUUUAUCUAUUUCUAUUAUUUUAAUAUUCAAUAAUUUCAAAUUAUUUUAUUUUAAUCAAAUUUUUAAUAUUUCAUUAAUAAAUCCAAUUGUAAAACUUUUCAUUUUUUUAAAUUUAUUAUCAUUAGGAGGUCUUCCUCCAUUUUUAGGAUUUUUACCUAAAUGAUUAGUAAUUCAAAAUUUAAUUAAUAUAAGACAAUUGUUUAUUUUAUUUAUUAGAGUUUGCUUAACAUUAAUUACUUUAUAUUUUUAUUUACGUUUAUCUUAUAGAAUUUUUAUAUUAAACUAUCAAAAAAAUUCUUGAAUUUUAAAAAAUAAUUUUAAUAAUAAAAUUUCAAUUAUUAGAUUAACUUUUAAUUUUAUAUCUAUUAGAGGAUUAAUUUUAAUUUUUUCAAUUUAUUUAAUCAUCUAA